GCCUGCCCCGAGCACCCACACGCGUGUGCACACGCGUGACCGGGCCUGCCCCCGGUCCCCGCCGCCCCCGUGACUCAGGCCCGACAGGUUCGGCGGCUCGGGGCGUGUCUCCCACGGCCAUGGGGCCCCCGUGGGCAGGCGACCUGCAGCCACCCGCCAUAACUGGCCCCCCCCAGCACCAGGUCCCCCCCCGGCCUCGCCCUCCGCAACGCCUGACGGCACCCCCCGCGCCCACCGGGGCGCCGGCCUCGGGACCGGCCGGGGCCCCCCCAUUCCUGGCCUGGGUGGUGGCGGGGGCCCUGGUCGGGGUCCUGCUGGCCGGGGCCCUCGUGGCCGCCAUGCUCCACCGGCGAGUCCAGCCCCACGCUCGACGCCCAGGGGAUGCGAGGAGCGGCCAGCUGGGAGAGAGGAAACCGGCGGCCUCCCGGGAGGGUGAUCGCGGCACCCGGACGCCUGCAUCCCCCCCGGUCGCCGGGGUCCACCCCCGGAGACCUGGGUCCCCCCCGGACGCCGGGGACCCCCCAUCUCCGCGGGUGCCCCCGGGGGCGGAGGCGCCGAGCUGUGAAGCGGGGGAGUCACCGCCCCGGGCGCUGCGGCCCCCGCCCCCCCGAGCCGGCUCCGCCCCCCGAGCCGGCGCUGCACUGGGGGGGGGCCGGUUUCGGGGUGCCCCUGACCCCCCCCCGGGAUUAAAACGCCACCGCCUCCCCCCCCUCGUCUUCUUCUGCCCGGGGGGGUGCGGGGGGGCCCGACCUUCGGGGGAAGGUAUGGGCGGGGGGCUGGGGUGA